CAGGCUGUCGCCGCCCGGACCUAUUGAGGGAAGUGUGUUGGGGGGGCAGUGACUGCCGCCGCCACCACCAGCCCGAAAAUGUCGGAGGGCGACGCAGUUAAAGUGUGUGUGAGGAUCCGACCCCUUAUACAGAGGGAGCAAGGGGACCAAGUGAAUCUGCUGUGGAAGUCUGGGAAAUCCACUAUUUCUCAAGUUGAUGGGGCAAAAUCUUUCAAUUUUGAUCGUGUGUUUCAUUCUAAUGAAACAACUAGUCAAGUUUACCAGGAGACUGCAGUCCCUAUUAUCCGAUCGGUCUUACAGGGCUACAAUGGAACGAUAUUCGCGUAUGGGCAGACAUCCUCCGGGAAGACGUACACUAUGAUGGGUACGCCAAGUUCUUUAGGAGUAAUUCCGCAGGCAGUCCAGGAUGUUUUUAAAAUAAUCCAGGAGAUACCAACUAGAGAGUUUCUCUUGCGUGUUUCCUAUAUGGAAAUUUAUAAUGAAACUGUGACGGACCUCUUGUGCGAUGACAGAAAAAAGAAACCCUUAGAAGUUCGAGAAGACAUCAAUAGGACUGUAUAUGUUGCUGACCUGACAGAGGAACUUGUGACUAUUCCUGAUCAUGUGAUCCAAUGGAUAAAAAAGGGAGAAAAGAAUCGCCAUUAUGGUGUGACCAAAAUGAAUGAGCACAGUAGUCGUUCUCAUACUAUUUUUCGGAUGAUUAUUGAAAGCAGAGAAAGAAAUGAUCCUGGAAAUUCAGAGAACUGUGAAGGAGCUGUUAUGGUGUCUCACCUGAAUCUGGUCGACCUGGCGGGCAGUGAAAGAGCAAGCCAGACUGGUGCUGAAGGCGUAAGGUUAAAAGAAGGGUGCAACAUCAACCGAAGCUUGUUUAUUCUUGGCCAAGUCAUUAAGAAACUCAGUGACGGGCAAGCUGGUGGGUUUAUAAACUACAGAGACAGCAAAUUAACUCGAAUUCUUCAGAAUUCAUUGGGUGGAAAUGCAAGGACAUUGAUAAUUUGCACAGUUACACCAGUUUCGUUUGAUGAAACUCUGAGCACUCUACAGUUUGCAAGUACUGCAAAGCAUGUGAGGAAUACUCCGCAUGUCAAUGAGGUUUUGGAUGACCAGGCGCUACUGAAGCGAUAUAGAAAAGAGAUUAUGGAUUUAAAAAAACAACUUGAAGAUUUAGAGGCAUCAUCUGAGUCACGAGCCCAAGCGAUGGCAAAAGAAGAACGUUCUCAACUUCUGGAUGAAAUUAAACUACUUAAAAAUGAGAGCGAAAAUCGAAUAUGGAACCUGACAAACAUUGUUGUUGCUUCUUCCCAAGAAUCUGAGCAAGAACUACGGGCAAAACGAAAAAGACGUGUCACAUGGGCUCCUGGAAAAACCAUAAAUAGUUUUGGUUCUAGCAACUUUCCCAAUUUUGAGAUUCCAUCAAAGAUGACCACUGCUUCUAACAAGAGAGCAAAGUUUUCAGACUUGACGUUACUUACAGAGAUAGAUGAUUCUGUUUGUACUGAGUUUUCAGAUUUUGAUGAUCCAAUCCGAGCGCUUGAUGAAUUAGGACCAGAGACAGACUGGAAUCUUACAAGCAAAGUCACUUGGAGAGAGAAGCCCGCACACUGUCAUUCUAUGAUAGAUUUUGGUUCUGAUGGGCAAAGUCCUGGCAGUGACCAAUGUAAGGGGUCCUUACUUCAGAAAUCUAAAGAGAUGGAGCAGAAAAUUGCAGACCUGGAGAGCCAGUUGAAAAAAAUUAAUGACGAACACGAGUCCGAUGCUAAAGAGAGAGAGUUGUUAAGAGAUGAGAAUUCAAAGCUGCAGCAGCUCCUGCAAUCGCAUGAAGAUGAGAAAAUCAAACUUGUUGCGGGCUUUGAACUCAAAAUUACGAGUUUGGAAGACCAACUUAAGUCCAGGAGUGAGAAUGCCGAGUCCAUUAAGAAACAGGGUGAAGGUUUGGAUGACACUGAGGCAAUGGGAUAUGCUAGGAAUGACAUUCAAAAAACAGAGCCAGAUCACGCUCCUCAAAACAACUUUGAAGUACAAGUAAAUCUCGAAAAACCUCCAAACGCUGAUCAUAGUGUCUGUCAGGAGCAAAUGCUGAUGCUAGAGCAAAAAGUAUUAGAUUUAGAAGAAAUAAUUGAACACCUUAAGAGUCAAAGCAAACAGCAAGACGAAAAAAAUGCUCAUGCAGAAGACUUCUUAGAGAGUGUUCAGCUUUGUGAAGCUCUCAUGAAUGAGAAGGGAGAUGCUCUUGAGGAACUGGCUAUCAUGCGCAAUAACCUUGACGCCCUUGUACUGAAUAAUGAAGGCCUAAAAAGGGAGAUUAAAGAGUUGGAGCAGCAGCUUAAGGAAAAGAAUGAAACAAAUGAGUUUGAAAGUUUAGAGAAGGAAAUCCAGAAAGAGCACGAGGCAAACUUAAUCCACGAAAUUAACUGCUUAAAGGAGGUAGUUGAGAGGAAAAAGAAUGUAGAGGUGGUCAACCAAGAGCUUGAGACUGAAUUGGCGAGUAAGUCAAAACUUUUAGAAGAUAAAGAGCUGCAACUGCUUGAAUUAAGGAAACAUGCUGAUAACCUGCAGAACAAAGUCCGGAACCUAGAUUUUAUUGCCUCUGUGGGUGACGGCGAGAAGCUGUGUGAAGAAGUGUUCCAGUUAAAGCAAUCCCUUUCUGAUGCUGAAGCCGUAACCCGUGAUGCACAGAAAGAAUCUGCCUUCCUUAGAAGUGAAAAUUUAGAGCUAAAGGAGAAAAUGGAGCAGGUGUCAAGUCGUUCUGAGCAAAGGGAAAAGGAUGCUUCUAUGUAUGAGAAGCAGUUGGAAGCAGAAAAAACAAAAUACAAACAAAUGCAAGGAGAUUUGCAAAAAGAGCUGCAGUGUGCAUAUAGCGAAAUUAACCAACUAAAUGGUCUAAUGGCUGGAAGAGUACCUAAAGACCUGCUUUCUCGUGUGGAAUUGGAGAAGGAGGUUGCUAACUACUCCAAACAACUGAACAAACUACAAGAAGAAAAAAGUAUUUUAGAGAAGGAAGUAGAAUGCUUGUCAGUUUACAAAUCUUUACCAAGUGAGAUUGAACAUCUGAAACAAGAGUUAUGCCAGACCUCAGAAGAGUUACAAUUAUUAAAGAAUGAGCAAGAACAAUCUGCAAGUACAGUCCGCGACCAGGAGAUAAAGCUGCAAGAGCAAAUGGAGCAGAUUAAUAAAUUGACUGAUGAAGUGACUCUUGAACAAUCAAAGUUUCAUCAGGCUGAAGAGCAGUACUUUGAACUGAAAAAACUGCACCAGGAACUUGAAGAAAAAUUCCUGCUUGCAGCUGAGGAAAUUGGACGUAAGCAAAGUGAAGCUGAAUGUUUACUUAAAGAAGUGGAGCAACUCAAAUGCACGGUCACUGCUGUGGAAGGAAAGUUGUCUUCCGCUAAUGAAGAACUUGGCCGAACAGUCGGUGAAAAAGAACAUCUGCUUCAGGAGCUUUCUGAUGCUAAGCAGGCUGUUCUCAGAGACGAGCAGCUGAAGAGCACCCAACCAACCAAAGAAGAAAAGGGCAGUGAAGUCAUCUUUCCACUUCUGAGUUUGGAUGAAGUCACAGGCCUUAUAAAGGAAAAGGAUGAGAUCCAAAGGGCUAUAGAAACAGAGAGGGACAGUUACAAAGAGCAAUUGUCAUCACUUGCUGACCUUCUCCAAGAGCAAGCUAAUAAACAGUCGGAGUUUAAUAGAGAAAAACAAGAAUUUGAAGAACAUCAAAGUAAAUUGUUUUCUGAGAUUGAACAGCUCCAGAACAGUUUAAAGGACGCUCAAGCAUCCCUGGAUGCCGUACAAGCAGAGAAGUUUGAAAUUUCUGAACAACUCCAAAGUAUUCAGAAGGAAUUGGAAAUUGGUGUCCAGCAAAGGCAUGAUCUUCAAGUCACAUUAGGAGAACUUAAAGCGGAGAGAGAUGACCUUAAACAAGAUCUAAAUGAAAAUAUUGAACUGUCCAUUGAAACACAGGACGAGUUAAGGUCCACCCAGGAAGAACUAAAACAACAGAAACAGCUUGUGAAUGAAUUAAGAAAGCAAAUAGAAGCCACUGCCAAUAGUAUUCCACUGCAAGGUCUCGAAUCCAACAUGGAAGAAGAGAUUUCAGCCUUAACAACAAAGCUGAAUGAAAAUGAAUUGAAGUUCCAGGAACUUUAUGAUGAAAAGCUUGUGCUUGAAAAAGCCCAUCAGGACCUAGUCUGUGAGAUGGAGCUUCUCCAGGAGCGUAUGACCACAGCUGAGCAAGCUCUGGCAGAGGCGCAGCAAGAGGCUGCUAUGGCUGGACAAAAGAUCUUCACCCUUGAGGAGCAACUGAUAUCCAUCUCCUCUGAGAGAAAUGAGACCGAGCACCAGUGUGAAGAUGUUAAAAUCCAGGAACUUCAAGAGCAGUUACUGGCAACCACUCAUGACGGGGAGGAAUUACAGGAAAUAUUGAAGACUGUAAGAGCGGAACGGGACCAACUAAAACUUGAUCUUCAGGAAAGCAUUGAAAUGUCCAUUGAAACGCAGGAGGAAUUAAGAGGUGCUCUAGAGGAGCUGAAAAAUAAAAAACAGAUGUUGGAUGACUUGAAGCAUCAAGCAAAUGAACAAAAUAUGGUCUCUGAUGACCAUUGUAAAAAUCCUCAGAGGGACCUGGAACUUAGAGCCUUCGAUUUGCAAGAAAAGAUGAAUGUGCUGACUUGUGAGAGAGACUCCCUUCUAGUUGAGCUUCAGAACAUAACAGAUCAAAAAACAGAGCUGGAAGAGCUUGUUUCUAGACUUACAGCAGAGCAGGAUGUUCAAGAGAAAAGCGCAGAAAGCCUUCUGGUGCCAGCAUUAGCAGAAAAGCUUCAGGAAACAGAAGCCAAGUAUCAGGAGCUUCACGAUGAAAAAUGUUCCCUCGAAACCGCACAUCAGAGUCUAAUAAACAAGAUGGAACUUCUUCAGCAACGCAUGACCACAACAGAGCUGGCUCUGGUACAGGCACAACAAGAGGCUGAGCAGAAAAUGUCCUCCCCCGAGGGCCGCCCCACAUCUGUGUUUUAUGAGGAACAUACAAUAAAGGGACUGCAAGAAGAAAAGGACACGCAGACGGAAGAGGAAAGGAGAACAGCACAGGAAGAGCUGAUUGCGCUACUUGAGGUUGAGAAGGCUGAGCGAAACCAUCUUAAGUGUCAAGUGGAAGAAGAACAUAAAAAGGUGGAAGAACAAAAACUUAAACUGGAUAGCAUUUUUGAAACACUCAAGGAAACUGAAUCCAAAUAUGAAAAGAUAUCGGAGAAACUUGAACAGGUGACCGAAGAGCGGGACCAGCUGCUUUUUACUUUGGAUUCUUUGACAACUAAUGGAACUCUCGGCAAAGGACCUGUGUCGUGCAGACAGGCAAAAGAUCAGGAGCUGCAGACAGAGGGAAAAUACGCUCAAGAAACCGAAGAAAGUAUGUGGGAUAUAAAGAAAAGCCUAGAGGAGACUCAAGCUGAGCGCAAUCUUCUUAAUGAAAAACUUGAUCAACUAAAGGACCAGUUGUGUUUAUUUUCCCAAGAAAAAGAAGAACUUCAAAAGGUUAUUGAUGAUCUUAACACAGAGCUAAAUCAGAAGAUGAAAGACCUAGAGGAAUAUGAACAUGAACUGAAUGAGAAAGACGCCUCUGCGUCUGAAUACGGUGAUGAAAAGCCUGUUCUUGCUCGGCGAAGCUCUCGUGAUGGGGAGCACAACGAAAGCGCGGCCUCUGAAAUCAGACUUCUGGAGGAGAGUCUUCAGUGCAGCCAGGAGUUAUUGGAAUCUGCGGAACAAGAGAAGGUGGAACUUCUAAGCAAACUGAGCCUUCUUCACCAUGAGCUGGAAAACGUCAAAUUACACAAAGAAGAAAUACAGAGCAAGCUGGAAAGUCUAUUGAGUGAAAAUGUUAAUCUAAGAGAAAGCAUGAAACACAUUACUAAGUGUGGUUCUGAAGUAGAAAAUGUUGAAUCUGUAUCCUGUGAAGAGUUAGACCGAAAGCAAGUGUUUGAUGAUCUGAGGGGGGAGACCGUUCACAAUUCAUCUACAACACACCAAAAUGAAACUGCAACUAAUUCUGAGGUGUCCUCAGAUGACAAGGUUGACUGUUUAAUGGAGGAAAAGACAACAGCACAGCUACAGCUUGUUUGUGAGAAGGGGGCGCUUGAGGAAACUCAGACUCUGUUACAAGGUGAAAUGGAGACCCUUUCCAAGACUCUGCAUGACACACAGUCUGCUCUUGAGUCUCUAGAAAGAGAAAAGCAUGAGGCCCAAAGAGAACUCCAAAGUUUGCAACAGCAAAUGGAAGCUGCUACUCAGGAGAAAGAUGACCUGAAAAUCACACUGUUUGGUCUGGAAUCAGAGAGAGACCAGCUGAAGGAGCAGCUGCAUGAGAACAUUGAAACGAUUAUCCAAAUGAAAGAUGAACUGCAGAAGAAGAUUGCUGAAGAGCAGCACAUUUUCAGAGAGAAGCAGGAGCUUAAGGAAUCACAGGAGAGACAAAAAGAGGAAAUGGAGCAAGUAAUGGAGAGUUUAAAGAACGCAGAGCUCACAUUACAGACUCUCAAACAGGAAAAAGUUGAGACGGAGCAAAAACUUUUGGAUCUUCAGCAGCAGACAGACGCCCUCUAUCAGGAGAGAGAGGACCUGAAAAUUGCACAGGAGAACUUGCUCUUGGAGAGGGAUCAACUGAAAGAAAGCCUAAAAGAGCAAAAUGAGAUGGUAAGAAAUGGGGAUAUCCAACAUGCCCACAAAUUCAAGGAUGAAGUGGAACGAUUAACGGGUAGUAUGAAGGAUACAGAAGCCACAUUACUGUCUCUGCAGCAAGAGAAAGCCGAGGCACUGCAAAAGCUCGCUGAUCUCGAAAUGAAAAUGGAAACCCUGGCUCAGGAGGGUGAUGAACUGAAGAUGACUCAGGAGAACUUGAAAUCUGAGAGGGACCAGCUGAAAGAAGAACUAAAAGAGAAUGUCGAGUUGGUUAUGCAAUUUAAACAUGAACUAGAGAAGAAGGCUGCCGAAGAGCAGCAAAUGGUUCAUGAGAAGCAGCAGCUUGAGCAAUCCCAGCAGCGACUUAAAGAUGAAAUAGAACAACUAACAGAGAGUUUGAAGGACACAGGGGCUUCGUUACAGACUCUCCAGCAGGAAAAAGCAGAGACGGAGGAAAAACUUCAUGAUCUUCAGCAACUAACUGAAACUCUUUCUAACGAGAGAAAUGAGCUGAAAAUAACACAGGAGAAAUUAACUUCAGAGAGGGACCAGCUGAAAGAAGACCUGAAAGAGAACAUUGAUAUGUCUGUAGAGACCCAGGAUGACCUCAGAAGAGCUCAAGAAGAAUUACAACAACAGAAGAAAAGAGAAGAGCAGCUGACAAAUCAGAUUUCUUCAUUACAAGAAAAUAUAUCUUCUCUAGAAAAGGAACUACGCGACCAUGAAACCAUUAUGAGUGAAGGUCUUGGCGACAGAGAGGUCCUUAAUGAGUCGCUGGAACGACUGACUUCCAACGUGGAGCAGCUUAACCAAACUCUACGAGGCAAAGAACUGGAGCUGGAGCAUGUGAAACGGGAGAAAGAAGAAGCUUCCAAGAAAGCUCGAGAUCUUACAGAAGACAUUCAAACCGUCACAGAGGAGAGGGAUCAGCUGCUGCUUUCAAAGGAAACUUUACAAGAAGAGGCCGAGAAGUUAAGAAUCGAUCUAGAGACACUGAAAAAUCAACACGAUGUCCUCCAAGUGCUGCAAACCAAAGAAAGCAGCCGCUUGGAAGAACUGGUUACUGAAAUAGACCAACUGAAGGAGAAGAUGGAGAGUCGAGACGCUACAGUUCAGAACAUGGAGGAUGAAAAAAAUCAGCUCCAAAAGACUGUACUGGAACAAGAGCUGAAAAUCUCCUCUCUCUAUCAGGACCAGGAGCAGUUCCAACAACUUCUUCAGAGAGUGAGAAGUGAAAAGGAAAAUAUUUAUAAUGAUCUUCAGGCCCAGGAGACUGAAUCCGCACAGCUGCUGGAGGAGUUGAGUAAAUGUAAGCUGGAACUUCAGACUAUCAAGCAAAAAAAUGACGAGAUUAACGAGACUCUUGGAGCAAAAGCAAAUAAGAUCGAACAGCUGUUACUGCAGGUGUCCGCUUUAGAGCUAAAGACUCAGGAGCUAGAGGAGGAGGUCAAAAAUGAAAAACUGAAGAAUGUUCAGCUUUGCGAUGAGCUUGAUCAGAAGAAGGAAGAGAUUUUACUUUUGAAUUUAAAGCCCAGUGAACCUUUGCAAGAAGAAGAUGAAGUUGCUGAAUGCACAAACACCUUGGAAAACCAGAAUGAAAAAUUAAUGGAUCUCAUGGUGAAAAUCUCCAGUGGAUAUAGUGAUCAUCACAGUUUGCUCACCAACCUCUCUAGUGAGCUUCAAACUGAGACAGAGUUGUACAAACAGAUGAUGUGUCAGGUAAAGGAAGUUCUAUCAUCGGCACAGUCCAGGUCAUUUGGGAAUUUACAGACUGAGCAUCAGAAACUGAACGUUCAGCUGAUAACUCUUCUUAACAAGUUUCAGAUUAUAUACAGAAAUGCUGCAGUCAAAGAAGAGCAGUACAGCUUAAUAAAGGUCUAUGAACAUGAGUUGAUUGCAGAGCAGAAGAGAAAUGAUGAACUCAAACUUCAGAUCCAGAGCCUGGAGCAAAAUGGCACAAAAUGGUCAGAAUCCGCAGCAGAGAAAUUUAAGUUCUGUCAACUUGAAUUCUUAAAGAAGCAAAUUGACAGGAAGUGCAACCUCACAAAGCUUGUUGAAGAUGAUUUAUCAGAGGUUCAGACCAUUCUAACAAGUGUGGGAGAGAAACUUCAAGAAGAAGUGAAAUCUAAGAAGGAUUUCCAUCAUUGGCUAGAUGAGUUCAAGGGCCUGCACUUUGACCCCCAAAAACUAAAUGAUGGUGUUCAACAGGAAAAUAAGAGACUUUCCGGACUUCUGCAACUAAUGACGAAGAAGCUUAAGGCUGUUGUUCAGUCAAAGAUAAACCGUGAGGUUAAGUUAUACAUUAAACAAUUUGAAAAAGAAAUCCAAGAAACAAAAGAUAAGAAUACAGAGCUGCUGAAAAGAGUACAGCAACUUGCUCCCAGUGCAAACAUGAAUGCUAUAGACGAAGAAAAUGCAAGGCUUCAAGAACAAUUGAAGGGUGUACAUGCUCAGUUAAAGAAAAUGCAGUCCAGAAUACAAGCACUGGAAGGUGAGCUGGACUCGGCCAAAGUGUAUGCCAGACAAAAAGGAGAAACUGCAUCCUUGCUGCAGAGCAAACUGUUAUCACACCCAGCUGAAGCAGAACUGUCAAAGAUGCAGGCGAAGAUGGCUGAACAAGAAAACAAUCUUCAGGCCGCACUAAAGGAGAUCAAAAAUCUACACGAUAAAGUUUCCAAAGGUGCAAAACCAUACCAAGAGGAAAUAGAUGACCUCAAAACACAAGUUGUGAAGAUAGAGAUGGAAAAAAUGAAACUGACAAAAUCAAUGGACAAAGAAAUUGCAUCAUUAAAGGCUUGCGUUGACGAUAAAGAAGAAUGUUUGCGGAAAUUAAAGGAAAAAUUAAGAAGAAUGCAAAAUGAAGGCGAUGCUACGGUUUGUAUCGAGAAAAUCGCCCCCAGUUCCUCCCAGUUUCCAGUAACAUGUGGUGGUGGAAGCGGCAUAGUCCAGAGCACAGCCUUGCUGGUUCUUCGGUCGGAAAAGGCGGCACUGGAAAAGGAGCUUGCGCAGUAUAAGAAAAAAUAUCUUCAAAUGUCAAGAAACACAUCAGAUCAUGAAGAUAAACAAAAAGGCAAAGUAUCUGAAGCAGCAGUGUCCCGAUCAAGCAUUUCACAUCAGUCAUUAGGAAUGUCGUCAUCAUCCAGUGUGGCUGAGGCACAAAGACCCCCUCCCGUUUCUCCAACCAAGUCUGAGAUUCUUCACUUCUAUGUGACGUCUCCGGGCAGAACCGGACUGAGCAGAAAGCGAGGAGGGUCUCCAUGCAAGGCGCAGAUAAUGAAACCUGUUGCGCUAUCCCCGUGCAAGGCUGAAAGGCUCAGUAUGCCCACGGUUUCUCCAAAGAAGUCUGCCGUACGUAGAAAGUCCCCUGUUAAGCUUGAUGGCCCAUUACUCAGCAAUUUGACUGUAUCGCCAUCCAAAAAGCAGAACUUGCAACAAACUUUAGAUUCCCCUAAAAGUAAAUUCUUCGAUGUGAGGUCCAAGUCACUACCAUAUUGUCCAACACAGUUUUUCGACAAUUCCAAGCUAGGUGAUUUUCCAGAUUUAAACAACGAAGCUGCAGCUCCAACAAGUCAGAAUGAUGAAUGGUGGUUUGCGCCGAAAAAACCCACAACCAAUGAAUGUAAAACUUCCUAAAUAUUUCUAUUAAAACCCUAUUGCUUUAUGCCUUGUAAAUCUCCAAAGUUAUAUAUGUUUUUAUAGUUUCUGAAUGUUUUUAUGUUUUUUCUCUUUAGCACAGCAAAAUCACUGUAUUUUGGAAAUAAGAAAUGGUAUACUAAAAACUAGAAUUUAAUUUUAUUUAUUACUCAAGAAACAUAAGAUCACUAUGACACCAGUGCACAUGGAUUAUGUUAACAUGUUUUUAUGUCUGUCUUUGUUAAUAAAGUGCAAUACGUCUUUU